AACACCAACAAAAAUAUGAAAUAUAAAAAUGAACAUAAUAGAAAAAAAAUCAGCAACCACAAUACAAGAAAACAUAUGAGCAUAUUUCCCCUCUUGCGGUGAAAGUCUUUGAUUAAAAGAAAUAUAAAUAAAGGGGCACUCAAUAGACCAAAAUUUACGAUAGUCAGGGCAAGAACCUGCAAAGAGUUAAUUAUUCAGCACAUACCUUGUACUGAAAGCGGAUAGGUACCAAGCGCAGAAAACGUGAGUGACAUAAUAUGGUUCCUGUUUCUAUAGCACCAGAUGUGCAAUGAUCAAAGUUCUGUUCUUCCUGAGUUGUCAUUUGGUCUGCUUUCAAUAAACUUUUGUUAAAAAUUAGACUGUUAGUGCUAUCGAGUACAGUCAGCCAGAACAUAAACUGAUUUUCACGAAUCUGGCGAAAGUCGGGCGCCGCAUUUUUAGCUGAACCUGUUCGCUGGUUGACCUUUCGGACACCGCCCUCCCCAAAAUCAUUGUGCACGUUCGUAUCAGCUGACCGAGAACCUACAAUCGCUCUUCGUAUUGUUGACCAGAUAGAAUUUACGUAUGGCGAUUACAAUACAAUCUCAAAGAGUGAAUAAGAUAACCUAAAGAUCAUAAGUGAUUUUAUAAUGUGCUGGUCAAAUGAUAUUUUCCGGUUGGAUCUGCUCUAGCAGACGACAGUAGAAGUCAUAUGACAACCUCGAUGGUCACGUGAUGAGGGCGGUUUUGUUACUACACGUUUCAUUUAAAUUAUUUAAAUAGCUAGGAGUCAGUUAUAACUUCACGAAAUUUUAUUAUUUUUUCUUACCGCUCAUGUUAACCUACAGUAAUAUUUCUAAAGUAAUCGAUAUUUUAAUACAAUCGGCAUUUGAGUAAAUUAUUGCAACUGUUUAUUUCGUCGAUAAGAACUUCAGGUGAUCAUGUGACCUUUUGAAAGUAACGCACGGGUACAGUCAUACAGUUGGGUGAAUCAGUCUCCACCUUCAGCAGUCACUGAAACCAGGACGACAAGGUCUUCAGCUGUGACUGUGCAAGCAUAGUCAUUGACAUCAAGCUAUACCUUAAAAAUGGAGGCUAAAAUAGUGAGGGCUGCAUUUCUGGUGAUGAUUAUUGGAGUGGUGUCAGAUGCACAGAAUGGGCGGCAUCUUAUAAUGACCUCAGAAUAUACAACAUACAAAGGCACAUCGGCGACCUCAGACUAUACAACACACAAGGGCACAUCAGUGACCUCAGAAGAAAAUGUUACAGUUUCAACAACAUUCCCUACAAAUGAGACGGACACAACUGUCAUAGAAAAGAAUGUUACCUUAUCAACAGUGUCCCCCGGAAAUGUGACGUACACGACUUCACACAGCAGCACAACUCCGAAGCCACAGAACAACACUUACCCAGAAUAUGUUGGGUUUAUCUGUGCUGGUAUUGCAGUUGUAUUCUAUGGAAGUAAUUUUAUUCCAGUGAAGAAGUUUGACACAGGAGAUGGGAUGUUUUUCCAGUGGUGCUUGUGUUCAGGGAUUUUUCUGGUGGGAAUCGUUGUGCAGAUUGUCCGUUCUUCAGCAUUUCAUCCGCUUGUCAUGGUUGGAGGAGCAGUCUGGAGUACUGCUAAUAUUUGUGUGGUGCCUAUUAUCAAAACUAUUGGCAUGGGACUAGGACUUUGCAUCUGGGGCACAUUCAACUUACUGUCAGGCUGGGCAAGUGGAAGGUUUGGAUGGUUUGGCAUUGAAGCAGAAGUUCCAAAUCGUGUUAACUUGAACUAUAUUGGUGUAACCCUCUCUGUCAUCAGCUCAUUCAUCUACAUGUUUGUGAAGUCAGAAGUCAGUGCAGAAGAUGUGGAAGUAGUGGUGAAAACAGGGGACGAAGGAGAAACUGAUCCUCUUACUCAGAAUCAGAGGACUGGUUUAUAUGGGACUAAUUCGCAGGAAGAUAUCCUUGUCUUCAACAAGCGAAGGACACCAGAUAGUUCUAAAAGCAUCAAUUCAGAUGACCAGCAGAUUCUGCAUGACCACUCUAUCUUUAACCAGAUGUCAACCUUCAAGAAACGAGUUGUAGGAAUAGCUCUCUCUGUGGUGUCAGGUCUUAUGUAUGGCCUCAGUUUUUCACCUGCCAUUUCUUGGCAAGACAAUCAUCUUGAUGACAGUCAGAACUCACUGGACUAUGUCUUCUCUCACUAUUGUGGCAUCUUCCUGACCAGCAGUGUUUACUUCUUCAUCUACAUUGCAAUCAAGAAGAACAAACCUAAGGUGUACCCACGCGUCAUAUUGCCAGCUAUUGCUUCUGGCGUCAUGUGGGGGAUCGCCACUGCUUGCUGGUUUAUUGCAAACAAAGUGCUUUCAGAGCCAGUUUCAUUUCCCAUUGUCACAACAAUACCAGGUGCCAUUGCCUCACUGUUUUGGGGCGUUCUUAUCUUCCAUGAAAUUAAGGGACGGAAGAACAUUAUCAUCCUUUUUGUUGCAUUCUUUGUGACAUUAGCAGGCAGUGUGCUUGCUGGUUUUUCUCAUGGUUAAAUUAUCUGCCAUUUAGUACUAACACUUUAGGACAGAUACAAUACAUUUUGCCUAUCUCAGCAUUGACAUUGCUUUUCAGCAACACUCUAUAGGAAGUGAUGCUUUAGCGAAAGGUUAUGAAGAAUUAGAAAAAUAUCACAUACCCUUGAAACAAGCUUUCUUUUUUAAUAACACAUUUCAUCAAUACAGUUUGUAACAGUUUUGACAUUUUUGAAACCGGAGGCAUUAUGAUUGAGGUGGGUGCCGGAGGAUUGAAUGAUUAAUUGUUAAAGAUUUUGGAGGCUUUUCGUAAUGGAAAAAGGGGUUUUGCUCAAGAAAAAAAAGUACCCAGAAGGUGCUCUUAUGACUAAAAGUCAAUUUUUCCUGAGAGUGCCAUUACCUGAAUGAAGUUGGAUUAUAAGCUUUCUCUCUGGGAAUCCAUUUUACAGAAAUGGGGUGAGUGUUGUCAUGGUCAUGGUCCAUGUAAAAGAAAGCUCAGCAAAUCAGGUCUUACACUACAAAAUAGUGACCGCGUAUUUAACAUGUUUAUAUCAGGUACUAGUUUUAGUAACAUUUGUGGGUGGUGAUUUCGUUAUGUUGCAAAGCUUCUGCUUCACACUUUCAUAAAUACAUCCGAUGCUAUUUUUGUAUUGGAAAAGGAGAAGAUAUUGAACAUAAGUAAUCUGUCAUUUAUUUCGACAUUUGUAUAAAAAAACCACAACAUUUUUAAAGCAACAGAAAAACCACAGUAUGCAGUAGGAUUAUAGGUAACCUCUGCAUAUUUUACUUUUUGACUAUGUACUGUUUGUUGUGUCAAGUUAUUGCAUCGUGCUAGCAGCCACACAUAUAUUUUCUCAAGUACCCCUUACUGUGAAGUCAUCUAGAAACAAAAGGUGGUGAGCUGCAAGAGCAAAUAAAUAUCUGUAAAUGCCUAUAUUUGUAUAAGAUAAACAGGUAAAUAACAAAGUCUUUGAGUACUUUGAUUUAGAAAGCCAUAUCAUUAUCAACCCAGCAAAGAAAGUGCAAGGAGUGUGAUACAUAAAGUUUAUUUUUCUAGCAAAAUAUUUGUUUAAAGUUUGUAUUAUAAUUUUGUGCUAUGCCAGAUAUGAAAAACAUGAAAUCGUCAUGUUCAUUAUCUCUGACCCUUUGUUCAUGAGCUUGUGACAUUAUAGAAUCAAGUAAAGCGAGCAUCUAUAAAGCAUACAUUUCAUUCUUAUGUCACUCUCAUUUUCCAUUAUAAUGGUGUUUUAUUUUUGUUGGCAUUAUAUUUUUGUGUGCCUUCUUGGGGCCUUAAAUGUGGUAGGUUGAUGGCGAUCCUACUGUGGUGUUAACCAGAAUUUAAUUGUUUGUGAUUUGCUACAAGAAUUUGUUGAAAGAUUUCUUGUUAACUCCUUUUCUUAACCCAAAGUGUACAAUGCCAUUCGUUUGCAUGAUGCAUGCAUUGGAUUCGUGAUAAAGCUGAGACCAUUCCAGGUGCAGGAUAUUAGGAUGAGACUGUCUCUCGUUUCCAUAUGCUUACCAUUUCAUUACCAUCACCCACCACCUCAGUAGUUUCGUUAUGAUAGACAGUCACUGUCUUUCAUAUGAAAGCAUAGUUGAAACAUGAGAUUCAUUUCUUGUUGAAUGAGCAGAUUUUUUAAAAAAAGGUUCUGUGUUUGUCACAGUUGUGUCAACAUUACAGUACAAACUCGCACAAAACUAUAAAUGAGAAACAUUGUAUCUAGCAUUCAUUUGAACCCAGAGUGGCACGUGCAAUAUUUUGGCAAUGUAACAUGCGAUUAUAAACUUUUAACGCAUUUAAAGUUGCCUAUUUAAGUAUAUUUGGUUACUAACAUUUUUUCUACUUAAGACAAAUGUUUUGUUAAUUUAUUGAUGAAUGAAUGUGAAUUGAUUGCAUGUAUUUUUUUAACAAGUUUCAAGAAAGAAAAUAAAAUCCACUGUGUUUCUAAAUGAGGAUGAAAUUCUAUAGCAGAUAUAAGAGAAGUAGGGUAAGGGAAACAUACAUUUUUACACUGCAUAGUGAGAUCAUAUGCAAUUAAGUACUAUGAUCUGAACAAAUAACCUUUUCAGCUAUAGUAAGCCCAGAUUAAUAAUUCAAAGAAAUAGUGAAUUAGAAGUCAUUUAAGGGAGGUUGCAGUAAUGACAUACUGCACAAAAGGCUCAGAAUUGCACUGUAAGUCAGCUAGUCUGUAAUGGCAUAUUUUUAAUGACUUUGUUAAACGUGUCUUUCUAACAAUCUGACAACCACACUUUUUGUGAUAUCCAUUUUCUUCUUUUUUUGCGUGUUAUGAUACUAGCUUAUCUGUACUUUUUUGUGCCUUGCUUUCUUAGUUGGGUUUCAAAAUAGUUACAGAGGUAAGACUUAAUGGAGAGGGCAUCAGCAGGAAGACAAAUUGUAGGAUAGGGAAGGGUGUGUGUGUGUGGGCAUUUGCACAUGUGAAAAAGAAGCUCGAUCAUUUGAUUAAGUGAGGUUUGCUUACCGGACUGAUUACUUUUCACCUUCAAUAGAGCAAGAAGAAAUGAAAUUUCAGAGUCUCUGAAAUUUAAAAAAAAAAUCCCCAAACAGUAAAGUAGCAUUUGGUCAGUAGGCUUAUAUUUUAAAGACUUGAUCCUGUAAAAAGUAAACAAAGCUUAUUGCUGUUUGCCUUGUUUUCACAAAACUUUUUGUUUGCUGUAAUGUUAUUGGUGUGAGAAAUGAUAAGGAGAACUUGUGAUUUUUUUUUUGAUUUUUUUAUUCCACACAAAGACAUAGCAGACAGGAGAGUAGAGAGUUGUCAGCUUUCACCACAACAUGAGGAAAUAACUAAUGGAAAAUAUAUAAUUAAGAGAAGUGUGCAGAAAUUGUGUUUUCAAACAAAUGUUUUUUGGACUGUGAUUUAUUUUUUGGAGAAGGAAGAGUGAGACUUGGAAAUGUUGGAAUAAAUGUGCAAAUUUGUAUGUCAUUUAACUGUUCGAGGUGUUAUAAGAUUUUUCUAACCUGUUUAAAAGAAUAUUUUCCCUAGCCAAGUGGCUAACUUAAAAUCUCCAAAAAAUGUGUAGAUUUUGUUAUGUUAUGUUUCUAUGGCUUGACACUAACAGUUUUUAAUUACUUGAAUUUUAUUUCCUUUUUUCUAAGUUUUUCAAAAUCAUCCUGUUUUUGAAAUGCAUUCAGUGGGAAACCUGUAUCAUAUUAAUCCAAAUAUUUUUUUUUUAUCUGGUGAAAAAAUUACAGAAUCAUUUAAGCUCCUUUGUGCACUCUACACUGUACAGAGCUGUGCUGUGAUAGGGCUAUAGAUGUUUCUGUAUAAAUACUUGUUUGCUUCCAUGUUUGUACUUUACUGAGGUGCCAGUAAACUUGAAGCUGAUGAUAAUAAACUAGAGUUUUUUAAUAA